GCGACGGUCGCACUAAUUAGGAUUUUUUUUCCAAACUAACAACACUACGUGUCAUUUGCCGGACUUGCAGGGAUUUCAACGAUUUAAAGAUGCACACGGUAUUAACCCGAGGAAACGCCACGGUGGCAUAUACGCUGAGCGUCCUGGCCUGCCUCACCUUUAGUUGUUUCCUGUCCACCGUUUUCCUGGACUACAGAACCGAGGCCAACAUCAAUACGGUUCGAGUUCUGGUGAAGAAUGUGCCGGAUUACGGAGCCUCGCGGGAGAAGCACGACCUGGGCUACGUCACCUUUGACCUGCAGACGAACCUCACCGGCAUCUUCAACUGGAACGUGAAGCAGCUGUUCCUCUACCUGACCGCCGAGUACCAGACUCCGGCCAACCAGCUCAACCAGGUGGUCCUCUGGGACAAGAUCAUCCUGCGCGGCGAGAACGCCGUGCUUGACUUCAAGAACAUGAACACCAAAUACUACUUCUGGGACGACGGCAACGGCCUGAAGGACAAUCGCAACGUUUCGCUCUACCUCUCGUGGAACAUCGUCCCCAACGCCGGACUCCUGCCCUCCGUUCAGGCCACCGGAAAGCACCUAUUCAAGUUCCCGACCGACUAUGCCACCUCGUCCAUUUAGAGCUAGUGCAAAUGCAAAUUUAAAGCUGGUUCCGCUUGUGAGCCGCAGCUUGUAGUGUGUAUCUAAUAAAAACCCCCAAAUAAAAUCUCGUUGUGAAGAUUUCGGACUGAAAGAUCUUUCAGUUAACUCCCUCAAAAUCGUUCAUGUUUAUAAUUGUUUCGUAUUUGUGGAUGAAGGUAAUACGAAGUAUUAGCAAUAAAUUUGUAAUAGUUAAUUCAA